AUGGGUGAACAAGAAGAAGAGAAUGAUACUCCUGAAGUUUCACCAUUGAAAACUAGGGCUGCGGAGGAUGAUACUGUUGUCAAAAGUGAUUUUACUGAUGAUGGUUUUGUUGUACAAAGACAUGUAGAGAAGGGGCGGGAUAUAGUAGAGAAUGUCGAUGAGAAAGUGACUUUAGUCGAUAAUCAGGUCAAUGGAGUUGGGGAAGGUGAUGGUUCGGUUCUUUAUACACCGUUAGUCAAUGAUGAUUUGGAUUCUAGGGAUAUUCAUUGUGAGAAUGGGGUGAUUGAUGAGGUUGAGGGACUGUUGAGUCAUUCUUUGCUGGAGAAAAUAACUGAAAUUCGGGGGGAGAUGCUAGAGAGUGGACGGCUGUCAAGCAUGAGGGAGGCUGAGGAGAGUCAACAUCUUUUGGCAGAUGAAGUGGGAGAUGGGAAUGUUGAAUUGGUUGAUGGUAAACUCACAUCUGAUAUCAUUGAUCGUCCAAGGGGUGGUGAACUGGAUUCUUCUUUGGCGUUUUCUUGGCAAGGUGUUGCGGGUGAUGAGGAUGCUGGUGAUGGUGGUAAUGACAAUGAUGAUGAAGAUGACAACGACGAUGAAGAAUCUUCAGAUUCUGGUUCUGAUGUUGCUGAGAGUUCCUCUCCUGAUGCUUCACUGGCACAUAUAAGUCUGAUGCUCAAAAAUGAGGGAGAGGGAGAUAAUGAUGAGGUGGGAGUAGGAGCAAAGGGAGAUAAAGAGGAUGAAAGUAAAUCUGCGAUUAAAUGGACAGAGGAUGAUCAGAAGAAUCUCAUGGAUUUAGGGACUUUAGAGGUUGAAAGAAACCUACAAUUGGAUAAACUUAUGGCAAGGAGAAGAGCCCGGAAAAGUAUGAGAUUGAUGGCCGAGAUGAAUCUAAUAGACUUAGAUGGUGCUGAUAUUCCAUUAAACUUGGCACCAAUUUCAACCUCAGGAGGUAACCCUUUUGACCUUCCAUAUGAUUCCCACGGCGACCUCGGGUUACCUCCCAUUCCUGGGUCAGCUCCAUCCAAUUGGCAGCCCCGAAGAAACCCUUUUGAUCUUCCUUAUGACUCGAAAGGAGACAAUUUCCAUGAAGAGUUUUCAGAUUUUAAUCAAAGGGGAACUGUUUCCCAAAGAGAUGCCUUCUUCUGCAGACAUGAAAGCUAUAAUGUUGGAUCAUCUUCUUUAGGUGUUCCCCGGCAAGAGCUUAAGUGGAAACAUUAUUUUGUUCCAGAGCAAUUACUAUCGAAAGGAGCAAGCCCUUCCUUAUUCCAGAGGCAGUCUAGUGAAGUUAGCGAGUCAAAGUUGAGCUCCGUUCCUGAUUCUGAGUCAGUGAGUUCAGUUGUGGAUGAGGUGGACAACAAACCAAAUAAGCAAGAUGCUUCUCUAGAAACUGAACUGAUAUCGAAUGAAGAUCUCGCUUCUGGCGAUGGUGAACAAGAGAGUCAUUCUGCUGACGAAGUUGAGUCUGUGGAUGUUGACCAAGUUGAGAAUAGAGAUAUUCCGCAUGAUGUGGUUGAGAUAACAUUGGGAGAUGGAGCUCCAGAAAUUACUCAUGUGGAAUUCAAUGCAACCGAAAUUCAUUCCAGAACUAAACCAGAUAUCAGGGGAGACAAAUUUGCAGGUUUUGAACCCAGAGAUCAUGAACUUAAUGAAUCUGACAUCUCUAAACAACCAUCGUUUGAGGAAUCAGAGUUCCAUUGUACAAGUGGGGUACUGGGUGAUAAUCAACACACAGAGCCCAUUUUUUAUUCUAGUUUUCACCCCCCAUCAGUUGAGAUGUUCCUCUCAGUUUUGUCUGUCGCUUCUGACACACAAGCUGAGAUAUCUGAAAUGGGUUCACCCUCAAUGUUGGUUGAAUCUAUUGAUAAGAAAUGUGAAGCACAUUCUGAAAUGGCUGAGCAGGAUACUUCUAGUUUCCAUGAGAUUCAUGCCUGCUCCUCAGAUUUACUUAAUGUAAAUGAACAGAAGGCACGAGAUCUGCUAGAGAUUAGUGAGCAUGAUGUUACUUUUAAUGGUUCAACAGGGGUUUCUGCCACUUCUUCUGACCAUAAUGUAUCAACGGUGCAUGAGUCUGUUGUUGAAUAUGUUUCAAGAGGGGCAUGCUCAUCUUCGGAUGAGAGCUUAGAGGAAGAUGUGCCAAAUAAGGAAGAAAGCUCUUUCCAGAAGAACCAGGUGGACUUAUUGAGCAUUGGUGCAGAGAUUACUCUUGCUGUUAACAAAGGAAUGAGUGGAGUGGUGGAUCCUUCACCUGAAGAACAAGAACAUGAGAUGCACCCUGAUGAAUCCUUGGAGGCUGAAACGGUGACUAGGCAUAUAGUUGAAAAGGAAGACUCUCUGUUUGAGCAAGAUGAACUCAUCCAGACUCAGUGCAAUCAAAUGCAUUUGUCGAACUUCGAUUUAAAUCUUGAUGUUGAUGGUCACCAUGAUAAAGGCGAGGAGUUGUCUUCAAUGGCUUUGACAUACCAGCAUAUGCAUUCCAAUGAUGUAAUUUCAUCCACAGCAGAGGAACCAGGGUACAUAGUCGUGGCUCAAGUUCAACAAGUUCACCCAUCAGAGGCUAACCUCAGGAAGGAGAAUGAAAAGAAAUCUGAAAUGGAUCAAAUCCAUUCACCAUUUUCUGUUUCAAAGACUGGUACAGCUCCCGACUCCGAGAUGAGUGUGGAGGGAAUUCCUUCACUCUCUUGUUAUCAAGACAUUUCUUCUAGUGAAAACCCUUCAUCAGAAUCAAAGAAACAGCUGCAGUUGUUCGAUGAAGAUGAACUGCCCGAUGAUGAACAUGAUAAGCAGCUUGAGGAACCUUCUAUAAUUGCAACCGAGUCUAGAAGGGAAGCAAAUGAUGUCAACAAUGACUUUCAUAUGCAUGAAGAUCAUGAUUCUGAGGACAAGCAUUCAAUAAAUUUCUCUUCCAUGACUUCAGAAUCUACUUCUUUGCCUUCUGAGAGUCCCGAACAUACGCUGCCAACAGAUCAAGAAGAUUUGAGGAGGGAGAUCUUAAAAGAAAUUGAAAGAGAGGGCCCCGACAAACACUUCAGUUAUGUGGAAGUAUAUGCCCCUCGUGUUGAUGAAGAAAAUUAUAGUGAAGUCAAUGAGAUUAAAGAAAUGAAGCUAUACUCUCUGAAUUGGACACAGUUGAGGACUUCAUUGUUGGGGAAAUGGUUUUACCAGAGGGAUCUCAUGUCACCCAUACUGAAUCUGCAAUGGUACCAGAAGAUACAGGGAUAAAAAAAGAGACUAAUGUGGAGCUGCCUGUUCUUGAAGCAAGAUCAGUAGAAGAUCUUGAUUUGGCUUUUAAGCAAUUUCAU